ACCUACCGUUAUAUGCAGGUACAACCACAGUCGCCCAACCAUUCACAUUACAACAACCCUCCAAUAUUCGCCCUCCACCAACCCACUCACCUCCGGCACCAUCAGCCUCAGUGCAACACCAACUGCACAAACAGCCACAAAGUUUGCCAUGUCUCAUACUACAGUCCACCAAAACACUUAAAUAAAAGCCAUGGCGCAACCUCCUCGACCUGCCACGACCGUUGACCCUCUGAUGGGGGUUCUAGACCCUGAAGGUCAUCCCAUCAUCCCAAGGCUGAUGUCAUGCGCACCGGCCAUUUUCUGCCUUAUCGGCGAGAAUGUCAAACUCAAGGACUCUCUCAGCUCUUCCUCGUUCACGAAGCUUGAUCGCCUGCAGAAAGAGCUCGAUACUCUAAAUACUCACGCAGUCAGAGAUCGAGAGACUUUCCUCGCCCUCAUUGUUCGCGAACGUGAACGCAUUUUCCAGGAAGGGCGCCGCUUUCAAGCCCUUGAAGAGCUGCACGGCGGUCAGGUCAAAGCAGAUGUGCCACUCGGCCUUAUAUCCCAAGAACUCGGCCUCAUGGUCGCAAACAUGGAAGCUCCAGCAAAGUCAGGUAUCCCAAACACGGAGAAUAUCCCUAGACCAACUCUUGACUCUUCCAAUGCUCGAUCAUUGCGCGAGCGCCAAGCUUACGAGCAGAUGCGUAAUGUAUUAAAUUUCUCGCAGAUAGCCGCGAAUCGUGAGGCUGAGAUCAACCAUCGCCGCGAGCUUCUCGAGGCGGAUAUCAAAAAGGAGCAGCUAAGUCAAGACCAGGAGCGUCGAGUCAACUAGAAUUCGGCUCGUUCAA